AUGAAAUCUGAGAGACGGACUUCUGUACAUGACUUGGGCAGGCUAAGCCUUCAGCUGCAGAAGGACAGCUGGCAUGGGCCACCGUUCAAUGCCAUCUACGCUGGUAUCGCGACUCAUUUUCAUGUGUUCUCUUCUGGAGCGUCCUUUGCCAUUGCCGUGCGCGAUAGCUCCUACUUACUAGACUUUGCGCAGUAUGAUUUCCGCUCAGGCAAUCGGUACCAGGGUUGGCUGGAAUUUUCAAAUUUCAUCCUGGCCAAGUUGAGAGAGUAUCAGGAAGAGCACUGCGAGAAGUUCAUCGGCGUGGCGAUGCAGGCUGAAUUAGCUGAGAGGUGCCCUGAGCUCUGUUCCCUGCUUUGGCUUGAGCUCGACAUCAUCCCCAUCGUACUGCGCAAAGCAGAGGAGCAUGUGAGUUGGGGCUUGUACGAGCAAGACAUAUCGUAUAAGUCGUUGGAUGAGCAAGCGGAGUCAAUUGCAAGAAAAUGCAUUCGGUUUUUCGGUCCCAGCCAGGCGCCUGUUCCGGAGAUCGGGCUUCGAGGUCUCGUCGAGGUUGAUGCCGCAUUCCAUGUGAGACUCACGAGGCUUGCUGAUUACGAGAAAACCGUCGGAGCCGCAACAUGGACUGCCGUGAACAAGUAUGCGAGUGAUCUGAAACAACGCAGAGUGAAAAUAGCCUUCUUCAGUGCGACUCCGCAGGGCGGUGGUGUGGCGCUCAUGCGCCAUGCCAUGGUUAGGUUUGCGAAAGCAAUUGGAGUUGAUCUUAAGUGGUAUGUCCCGAAACCACGACAUGGUAUCUUCCGCAUCACCAAGAACAACCAUAAUAUUCUGCAAGGUGUAGCCGCUCCCGGAACACGAUUCACCAAGGAGGACAGAGAUGUCCUUUCCGGUUGGGUGCUUGAAAACGCAAAACGAUAUUGGCUCAGAGCAGAAGGAUCACAGAUUCCUGCAUUGCUCGAGAAGUUUGGCCCACAAGUCUAUCCCUGGCUUACAAAACAUGGCCCGCCUCCUCCCCCCUGGUUCCAGAAGAAUGGCCCUUUGGUUCCUCCAUGGGAGGGCGGCGCAGAUGUGAUCAUCAUCGAUGACCCGCAGCUACCGUUCUUGAUUCCAUUGAUCAAGGAACAGACUUUGGAUCGGCCAGUCAUCUUUCGUAGUCAUAUACAGAUCAGAAGUGAUUUGACGGACACUCCCGGGACUCCCCAGGCUGAAGCCUGGGGGUUGUUGUGGGAGGCGAUCAAGCAGGCAGAUCUGUUCAUCAGUCACCCUGUGCGUGCAUUUGUCCCAAAGGAUGUACCUCAACAGAAGCUUGGAUAUCUUCCAGCGUCAACAGAUUGGCUGGAUGGGCUGAACAAGCCAAUGACAGACUGGACCGCCAGUUACUAUGGGCGGAUCUUCAACUCUAAGUGUAGAGAGCAAUUCAUGACGAACAUUAAAUUCCCAGAUGGUCAGCAACCCCUCUUAUCCUUUUCUCUUCUCUUCGUCGGGCUGGGGACCACUGACAUUCUGCUGAACCUAGAGGAAUAUAUCGUCCAAGUUGCCCGGUUUGACCCUUCCAAAGGGAUCCAAGAUGUGCUCAUCUCGUACGGGGCAUUCCACCGGUGUCUUGUUGAAUCAUGUCCGGACUUGAAGCCUCCAAAAUUGCUGAUCUGUGGACACGGAUCAGUGGAUGAUCCAGACGGCUCACUGGUCUGGGAUACCACCUUGGAUUUCAUCGAGCAGCAUCUGAAACACUUGCAGUCACUCAUCUGCGUCAUGCGCAUUGGCCCUAGUGACCAGAUGCUUCAUACGCUCCUGUCCAGAGCGAAGAUUGCCCUCCAGCUCUCCACUCGGGAGGGAUUUGAGGUAAAAGUCUCAGAGGCACUACACAUAGGCAAGCCUGUAAUUGCGACUCGAGCUGGUGGGAUUCCUUUACAAAUCCAACACGGCGAAAAUGGGUUCCUGGUGGAUGUUGGUGACACUAAUGCGGUAGCGGAGCAUCUACUUGAACUCUGGACAGAUCCAGAGUUGUAUGACCGUAUGAGCGGGUACGCAGCGAAGAGCGUGAGUGAUGAAGUCAGUACGGUGGGUAACAUCUUGUCGUGGCUAUACCUGGGGUCGAAGCUAUCAAAGGGUGAGAACAUUCAGCCCAACGGAAGGUGGAUAAACGACCUGGCCCGUGAAGAAGCAAAUGAGCCGUACCAGAUGGACGAGAACAGGCUCAAGAGAGAAUUGACAACAUGA